UACAAAAUGAUUUGAACACUUUAAUAAGGGUAUUGACUUUUAUCAUAUUUGUGUAUUCAUGAUCUUUAUAUGUAGAAAAAUCAAUGAUUUGAUGUUGUGUGACCAAGUUAGAAUGAUUACCUGUCUUAGUUAUAAUAAGAUGUGUUUAAAUAUUCUGAUACAAACAAUUUCGAAUUCGUGAUGGCGGAACAAUCCAAUACUAAUAAGGAUGCAGCACAAACGGCUUUGUUGUGUCAGUUUUGCGAUCAACAGAAUAUAACAUGGAAAUGUGUGGAUUGCGAUAUUUUACUAUGUAUUUCAUGUAAAGAGAAAAUUCACAAAAAACUUAAGUCAACAGAUAAGCACAAGAUUCUUUCCAUUCAAGAUAUCGGAAAGAAUACUAGUACUGCAAAGAGAGUUACUAAUACUAGUCCGGCAAAUAUAGCAAAUAGUAAUAUAGUAACAGUGACAAUAACCCAUUUAGUGCUAUCAACCGGAGCAGCAGUACUAGAUGAAGAGAGUAUAUGCAAACUGUUUGUCUCGUACAACUUCCUAGGAAUCAGGCUAGAGGAACUAGAAACUCCGUUUUCUCUACCUAAACCAAAGGCAGAACAACCUAUCAAUUUUAACUACAGCAAAACAUUCAAUGUAGACAUGGCUAAGCAUUACCCUAAGAGACAAUACCUAGCUGGAAUGUUGUUACCUGAUGACCCUGAUGGUGGCAGGUUUGUACCCUAUAUACUUUUUACACUUGAUAAAUUAAAUUCCGGUUCACAUGACACAUUUCUUUGUACCACAUACUUAUCUUAA